ACAUCCUAAAACUGAAAAGAUAACAGUAAUGUCGUUGGUUGUUUCUCUUUGCCAAGUUAUAACAUUAUCUUCCUUGUUCUUCCUCGAGGUGUGUCUUGCCGGUAGUAUAAAAGUACCGGCGAACUUCGUGUUCGGAGAUUCAUUGGUAGAUGCCGGAAACAACAACUACUUAGCCACAUUGUCAAAGGCUAAUUAUGAUCCUAAUGGGAUCGAUUUUGGAUCUCCUACUGGUAGAUUCACCAACGGAAGAACAAUCGUCGAUAUCGUAUAUCAAGCAUUGGGUUCAGAUGAGUUAACUCCACCGUACUUAGCACCAACAACAAGAGGACCUCUCAUUCUCAACGGUGUCAAUUAUGCUUCCGGCGGAAGUGGAAUCCUCAACUCCACCGGAAAAAUAUUCGGAGACCGUAUAAAUGUGGACGCACAACUAGAUAACUUUGCAACCACGAGACAAGACAUCAUUUCUUGGAUCGGUGAAUCCGCGGCGACUAAUUUAUUCCGGUCUGCAAUUUUCUCGGUUACAACAGGUUCAAACGAUUUAAUCAACAAUUAUUUCACUCCGGUUGUAUCAACCGUUGAACGUAAAGUCGUAUCUCCUGAAGUCUUCGUUGAUACAAUGAUAUCAAGAUUCCGAUUACAACUCACCAGAUUGUACCAAUUGGGUGCUAGGAAAAUCGUGGUGAUUAAUAUUGGUCCCAUUGGUUGCAUACCGUUCGAGAGAGAGGUCACGUCUGAUCCAACGGCUGGAAAUGAAUGUUCAUUCGAACCUAAUGAAAUGGCACAAAUGUAUAAUCUCAAGCUUAAAACACUCGUUGAGGAAUUAAACAAGAAUCUACAAGGUUCAAGAUUCGUAUACGCUGAUGUUUUCCGCAUUGUUUAUGAUAUUCUCCAAAACUAUUCAUCUUACGGUUUUGAGAGUGAGAAGAUUGCAUGUUGUGCGUUAGUUGGGAAAGUAGGUGGGCUGAUUCCAUGUGGACCGACUUCAAAAGUGUGUAUGGACCGUUCCAAGUACGUAUUUUGGGAUCCUUACCAUCCCACGGAAGCUGCUAACAUCAUCAUCGCUCGGCGUCUCUUCUCCGGAGACACCUCCGAUAUCUAUCCGAUCAAUAUCCGGCAACUCGCUAACCUCAAGAUAAACGCAUGAACCGUGGGAAAAGAACCUCAUAUAUCUAUAUAGGGUUGUGCUGUUGGUUUGGCGAUUAGCGUUUGCGUUUUGAUCUAAUUACUUUUAUUUCUAUAUUGAUGAUAUGUUCCUUAUAACUAAUUUAUUAUAGUAUC